AUGGCCACCAUCGCGUACAAGUGCCCCGAGAUCACUGUGAACAUAGUCGACCUCAACGAGGCCCGCAUCGCGGCCUGGAAUUCGGAUGCGCUGCCCAUCUACGAGCCCGGGCUCAAGGAGGUCGUGGACGCGUGCCGCGGCAGGAACCUCUUCUUCUCCACCGACGUGCAGGCCGGGAUCGCGGACGCGGACAUUAUCUUCGCCUCGGUCAACACGCCCACGAAGACCCAGGGCGUCGGCGCCGGGCGUGCGGCCGACCUGAAGUUUAUCGAGAGCGUGGGCCGCACCAUCGCCCAGCACGCCAACCGCAGCAAGAUCGUGAUCGAGAAGUCCACCGUGCCGGUGAAGACGGCCGCGGCUUUGGAGCGCGUGCUGACAGCGAACGAGCUGCACUCGGGGACCGUGGGGAAGAGGUUCUACAUCCUGUCGAACCCGGAGUUUCUGGCGGAGGGUACGGCCAUGGCGGACCUGGACAACCCAGACCGGGUGUUGAUCGGAGGUCAGGUCGAGCAGGCUGUGCAGGUGCUCGUGGACAUCUACGCGCACUGGGUGCCGCGCGAGAGGAUCCUCACGACCAACCUGUGGAGCUCCGAGCUGUCGAAGCUGGUUGCCAACGCAAUGCUCGCCCAGCGCGUGAGCAGCAUCAACUCCAUCUCCAGGCUGUGCGAGCGCACGGGCGCGGACGUCAGCGAGGUGUCCCGUGCCAUCGGCACCGACAGCCGCAUCGGAAGGAAAUUUCUGAACGCCUCGAUCGGAUUCGGCGGCUCCUGCUUCCAGAAGGACAUCUUGAACCUCGUGUACAUCUGUGAGCAGUUCGGGCUGGACGAGGUCGCCCAGUACUGGCAGAAGGUCGUCGACAUGAACGAGUACCAGAAGAAAACGUUCACGGGCCGGAUCAUACACGCCCUUUUCAACACCGUCUCCAGAAAGAAGAUCGCGGUCUUCGGUUUCGCCUUCAAGAAGGACACCGGCGACGUGCGCGAGACGCCUGCUCUGACCGUCUGCGACAUGCUGAUGCAGGACGGGGCGAUGGUUCACGUUUACGACCCAAAGGUGAAGAGAGAGGACGCCGUCACAGAGUUCAAGUACCACGGUGUGGAAGUUGACGAUAAGCUGUUCACUUUCACGAGCACGCCAGAGGAGGCUGUCGAAGGGGCGCAUGCCAUUGUUAUUCUCACGGAGUGGGACGAGUUCAAGACCUACAAAUAUGAUGUGUUCUACAGCAAGAUGAUGAAGCCGGCCUUCUUAUUCGACGGUCGGAACUUGCUGGACCACGUCGGCCUGCAGAAGGUCGGCUUCGAGGUGCAUGCGAUCGGCAAACCUAAGAUCUCCUCGGACUCCGAGCCAAUCAAUCGCGCUGGCAGUUUCAGCAUGCCCGACCCGACGUACUGA